GCAGACCUGAAAGUCAGUCUAGCACGCCUAUAAUCUCCACGGUGAACGAUACUCGUGGGGCCGAGCGGGCCCACGUAGUGAUAUCAGUAAUAGUUCCGUACGUUGAAGAACCUUGUCGCAGCUCACUGUUAUAGGGCCCGGUUGGUCGCAACCGUUCCGCAGACCUCAUCUGAGCGUAUCAGAAGCAUAUAAUGUUGACUUUGCUCUUCCAAACCAAACCAAAUCGCCCCGCUUCCCAACCCCAACCAAUCUUCGCAAAGAGCCCAGAUGCUGGACCUGUUUGCGACCUUCUUCGGCUUGAUCCACAGCCCAACCUGCGACGCAUCGUGGAGGAGAUUCGGGAUAUUGAGGAUACGCCGUUGCCUGCCAUGACGUCCGUUGGUAGGGGAAGCAUCUGUUGGUUCGUGAUUUUUUGGUAUCAUUUUGUGAUUGCUGGCUCACUUUUUUUUUUUUUGUGUUGACCAGGGAACCUCGCUUUCUUGGUGAGGGCUAACCAUUUCGGGCUUGUGUCAUCUCUAGCUUGGGUA